AAAGUGUCCCUCCUUGGAAUCGUUGUUUGAUUUUGGAUCCCUUGAUUCAUAUACGGAACAAACAAUUGUGUUGCUCCCCGAAUUGAAAAAAAUUAAGGUUUUAAGCUGUCCCUCCCUAGAAUCGUUGUUUAAUUGGGGGCCCCUUGAUUCAAGUACAAAACACAAAAAUGUAUUGCUCCCCAAAUUGGAAGAAGUGUGCAUGGGUGGAGCAGGAAGGCUGAGACACCUGGUGAUGAGUGAUUCCCAAACUGUUUUGGGUUUUCCUAAUCUAGAAGAAGUCUUUGUUUUUAAUUGCUCUGAGUUGAGAUAUCUCUUCCCCAAUUAUACAGCCACAACUCUAGAGAAACUUGAUACCCUGUGCAUUCUCAAAUGCGAACAAAUGAAGGAAGUGGUUCCCAAGGAAGAAGGUGGUCGAUCCAAGGCAGAAGUGAUGAGUUUCCAUUCCUUAGCUAAUUUGGUUAUUUGGCGGUGCCCCAACAUUAGAGCAUUCAUAUGGAGUCCUACAAGUGCCAAGAGGCGUUAGGUGAAAUGAUCGAAGAAAAUGAUGAAUCGCCCCAACCGUUGUUCAAUGAUAUGGUUACAUUUCCCAAUUUAGAAAAACUAUAUAUUGGAGGUGUCCGGUGCAAAGAGUUAUGGAACAAUCAAAUUUCUGAUGAUUCUUUUUGCAAUUUGAAAUCUCUUAUAUUGAAGGAUUGUGACAAUCUCCAACAUAUUGCCCCAUCCCAUAUGUGGAAGAGGCUGCAGGACUGUCUGGAAACCUUAGAAGUGAAAUCAUGCCGUUCAAUCGAGAUCAUAUACGAAAGUGAUGGGACGGUGGCAAAAAGCGGUAAUUUGAGGAUGCUGGAUUUGCGUGAUCUGGACAACUUGAGGCACAUUUGGCAAUACGACAAUCUCCCAAACAUCCCGUUCCCAAAUUUGAGAUACAUAAAGGCUGUGAGGUGCUCCCGUUUGGAUAUGCUUUUCGCCACCUUCACGGUGAAAUUUCUCGGGCAAAUUGAAAAGCUGGUGGUAGGGUCAUGUGAAGAUAUGGAACUAAUUGCUGGCCAUGAAGAAUGUGAAGAAGUGACUGGUAAGACAAUCACAUUCUCUGGGUUAACCACUCUUAGACUUUACAAUUUGCCGAAAUUCAGGAGCUUCUUACCAGAGAAAUAUUUUACGGAAUUCCCAUCCUUGGAUGACUCGAGUAGAAUAGAGCCAGACCAAGGCAACCGAAGUGCGGAGGAAAGUGAGGGGGAAAGUGAGCAGCUAGACCACGGAAUUGAGGAGUAUGACCGCGGAAGUGAGGGGGAAUAA